AUAAACCUCAUUUUUUCGGCAUCCUCUUCUCGUCUCGCUUGCUCACUCCGUCGUCCUCAGCUCGCCGCCUGUUCACGAAGGCAGGCGGCUUGUUGGUGCCAGAAGUAUAAUGCCCCUAGUCGCUUGCCGGCCUGCCCAAGCCCUUAUCUUGUCCGGCUUCAAUCACCUCCCGUUGAGAUGCUUCGUCCCUGCCGCACCUGCGCCUCUCCUCCUCCAUCGCCGUCUCCAUCUUCCCAUCCGCACCAGUGCCUACUUCAAUUACCCUCUUCGUUCCGAACAUUCUCGAUGCCUUUUUUUAUUCCCGUCAGCCUCGCCGCGACAUGGCUGCGGACGGUGCAGUCGAAGUUGCGGUGUCACAAGACGACGUCUUGACGAAGCGACUGCAGGAUUUGCAGUCGAAACUCGAGGCGAUAGGAAUUAUGGGCAACGAUUGGAAGCUUGGGGUGGGUUUGUCAAUACCAUGCCCAAAGGCCUUAAGAAUGUUGUCCACUGAGGAAUCAUACUUGAGAAUUCCCAACAGGAUAAUAUGAGGAAAAAAGGAGUAUUAAAGAUUAGUGUUUGGAUUUUGGGGUUUAAACCUUCUAUUCCCGAUACCCAAACUACCUAAUGAAGGACCUUCUGAAUACCUUCAAUUACACAAUUAAUCAAUACCUGAAUCUGCCUCAAUGUUUAACCAGUGCUAGAAUAUGAUUUGAAGGGGUCAGGUAUCACAAUCUUGCCACAUUUUUCAUACACAAACCUGAACACCACUUGCUUCUUUCCUUUGAUUUGGAGAGAAAAUUCAUUGCUCCAUAAAGUAGAAAUUCCAACUUUUGUGUAGCUUGGGAUAUUUCUUAGAAAUAUAUUGCUUAGUCCUAUAUCAUAUAUCUAGUUGAAGCCGCUCACGUGAUGUUAAUAUUGUUGGUUGCUACUCGGAAAACCUAUAGGUUCCAUUGUACAAAAAUUUUGUACAAAGGUCUGAACCUUUUCCUAGCUA